AUGACCACUGCCACACAGAGCUCACUUGAUCCCCGACUAGAGGCGGCGGCUCUCUGUGAUAUGCUGACGGACUACGAAAUCCAAAUGAUACAGCGAGCUCUGCAAAGCUGUGGCAGUGCCAACAAAGCAGUCACAAUGCCAGCAAAGAAGUCCAAGGCGUCAAGACCAACCAAGUCGGAGUCUUUAUUGAAAUCUAGGAGGUCCGGCGUUCUGGUCCAGAAAACACUCACCAACUGGGCUCUUAAAGUCGAAGGCAAAUACAAAAACCCUGUCACCACAACAAAGCUAGAGGCAAACAAUAUAUUAUCGACUGGGCACGUGGCCACUCCACGUAGCAUCUUGAACACUACUGAUGUUGUCUCGGUUUCUUCCGCUACCAAUGCGGAUGUACGGACUACGCGUUCUGCUGCGCGUCGUUCAUCGGCGUGCACCUCAACCGAUGUCUCCCCAACUCUGCCCUUUAAGCGGUGCAGACUAGGUUCUACUGCGUCGGUAGCCCUUUCGUUACGUACCCAAAUUCGUGAUCAGAACGAGUUGCGACAACAGCGUCAAGAGUAUUCCCAGUCAUUCGCUGAACCCGACACCUCUCCUGCUUCCAAAUUUGUUAUUCAGGAGCGAAGGCGUCAAGGUGGACGUCGGAGGAGGCGACAUUCAUCACCAACCGCUCUUCACCUAAUCAAAACGGGCAUCAAACAUCUUCGUCGCAGUUCAGGACGUGGACGUUCCUUUGGAGGUGUAUUACGUGACUCAGAUAUUGAGGAGAAUUCUGUCGAUACUAUUGCCGCAGAUUUUGUCGAUGGAAAGGCAGCAGGAGAAGGCUCUUCAAAGGCAGUGACGAACGGUGAGGUAAUUGAGAUAAAGGGUGACGGAGAGAAUGAAAAUGGACAAAAGAAGGAGGAUGAGAAUGACGAUGACGAGGAAGAUCCCCGCUUUCGAAUCAUUAGGGAUGCAGAUCGGAAACUUUUCCAAAACGUCCAAUCCCGUGUUCAGGAGUGUCUUCCACAGUCACUGGAGAACAGCAAGCAGCUCCCACCUACAGAUAAUCCCCGUCUGUUGAACAAUACUAACGCUUCAUCGAGGACGCGAACUUCAACGGGAUCGACUCUGCUGAGGGAGAUCCCGUCUCGAUGCCCUCCUCGAAUCCAGUUUGGCAAGUACUGCAUCACCACCUGGUACUCUGCGCCAUAUCCAUCUGAAUAUGCCAGGUUGAAUCUACUUUACAUUUGUGAAUACUGCUUGAAGUACUUCAAGACAGAGGAUGUCUUCAAGCGGCAUAUGAGCAAAUGUACCACAUUCUAUCCACCGGGAAAUGAAAUUUACCGAUGUCAGAACAUCUCCGUCUUCGAGGUGGAUGGUCAGAUGUCUAAACUUUAUUGUCAGCAACUCUGCAUCUUGGCCAAGUUGUUCUUGGACCACAAGACCCUCUACUACGAUGUGGAACCCUUCCUUUUCUAUGUGAUUACCAUUCAUGACCCACGUGAGGGUUUCCAUUUAGUUGGUUAUUUCUCCAAGGAGAAACGCUCAGCCCAGAAGUACAAUCUUAGCUGCAUUAUGGUACUGCCUCCCUAUCAGAAACAGGCCUAUGGACGUUUCCUCAUCGAUUUUAGUAAGCUUGCUUCAACUGCUUUGAUACCUCGUUCCGUCUUACAGUGUUCAUUGUAUGUGUUCCUGAGAGUCUUCGGCUUAUAA